AUGCUCGGUACCGUUGAUGCAAUCAAGCGUAACUUGAUAAUUCCACCGCGAUUUGUUCCCUACAUGGAAAAGCAUCGCAUUUACGAACUCUUCCACGAACUCGCAACAGAGCUACUAAUAAAAAGGCCAGAUGAUCAUAUCAGCUAUCUGAAGCAAUGUAUUCAGCAUGCCGCACUGAAUCGGGAUGUCCCUAGAAUAAUCGUACUUGCCCCACCGGACUUUGAUAAGAUGCGCCUCGCCGAAGCAUUACAAGAGGAGCUCGGCGUCCGGCCCAUAACCAUUAGUGACAUUCAUCAAGUUACGUCAACGUGCAUGCAUCUCAGUUGUGCCGACGCCGAAGAUUUCGCGCGGAAUUUGAAGAAAAUACUUCGAACUGGGAUGCUGAAUGAUUCCGGCUGGACUCUCGUAGACUGCAGAGAAGAUGGUGACAUGGUAACUGACUUCCAGGUGUCCAAGCAGAGCCGUAGCGUUCAUUAUUUAACCCCGGAGCAACGCGCGUACGAAAAACACCUUCGUGGUCUACAAAUCGCGUACUCAGACUCGUUGAUCGAAGUUGACGUUGGAGACCGAAGUAUUGAAGAGCUAGCAAAGGACUGCGCUAUCCUAGCGAAAAUGAGGAAACACUGUGGAGCACCAUCGAUUUUUCGGGUAGCUAUUAUCGGUUCUCGAGGGUCCGGCAGUCGUACUGUCGCUAGACACCUUUGCCAACGGUUUCAUCUUGUCCAUGUUGAUUUUGAAAAAAUCCUGCAGCAGGCACGUAUGCAGGACUCGCCGUUAGGUAAAACUCUGAGAAUGUGUAUUAACAGUGACUGUUGUCAUUUACGAAGUAAACGCGAUUAUGUGCAGAAAUAUAUUCUUGACUACGAGUGCAUGAAACGUGGCUGGGUAUUGACCGGGUAUCCCAUCAACGAGCAGGAUUUCCGACUACUUGACAUGUUGGCUACACCGCCAAAUCGGGUCAUAUUUUUGGACGUUGACUCUUUCACAUGCAAACAGAGGCUACUUGGACGUCGUGUUAACAUGUACACUGGUAGCAAACACAAUCUAACAUCCGACAAUUCUAUUGAAGAAAAAAUCGACCAGUUAGCCGCACAUCCGGAAGACUAUCGUAGCAACGUAGAACGACAGAUCAAAGAGUACGAAGAUAACGUAACAGCCAUGAUGAAUUAUGCGGGAGCUUCGGCGACCAUCAUCGACGGGUCUGGUUCAGCGUCAACCGUACGUGAAUUGACAGAGGCCUGUUUGAUGAGACCUGCUCCAUGUGCUCCACCCAGAGUUCCAGCUCGAGCCCGAGAUAUCAACGCGGAGGACAUCGAGUUUGACCCCGACGAUGAAAUAGAUCCUCGAGUAUUCGACGGCAUCCGAUUUCCAGAAGCGAAAGUGUCUUUGAUUUAG